CAUCGGGGCUUUUGAUACUGAAAGUCAUCGAAAGAAGGAAACAGGAAAAGAGCGAGGCAAAGCCCUGUCCGAGGCGGCGGAGAGAGGCACCUUGGCAGUCGGGGCGGGGGCGCACCGAGGCUGAGGGCGCGUGGCCCAGCGCUGCGAGAGCCUCCGGAGCCAGCCAGCCGCCCUCCCCGGCCUUCCCUCCUGCCUCAGCGCUUUUCGAAGGCCCAGGUUCCCGCGCUGAGCGGCCCGGGUCACUCAGGGACACGAGUCUUCCGCGAGCUCGGGGCACGGCAGCAGCGGUGGCGGGCUGGCGCUGGGAAGGACUGCGCGGCGCUGGCGGGGGAAGAUGCUGCAGUCGCUAGCGGGCAGCUCGUGCGUGCGGCUGGUGGAGAGGCAUCGCUCCGCCUGGUGUUUCGGCUUGCUGGUGCUGGGCUACCUGCUGUACCUGGUCUUCGGCGCCGUGGUCUUCUCGUCGGUCGAGCUGCCCUACGAAGACCUGCUGCGCCAGGAACUGCGCAAACUGAAGCAGCGCUUCGUGGAGGAGCACCAGUGCCUCUCCGAGCAGCAGCUCGAGAGCUUCUUGGCGCGCGUCCUGCAGGCCAGCAACUACGGCGUCUCGGUGCUGAGCAACGCUUCGGGCAGCUGGAACUGGGACUUCACCUCGGCGCUUUUCUUCGCCAGCACGGUGCUCUCCACCACAGGUUAUGGUCACACUGUGCCUCUGUCAGAUGGAGGAAAAGCCUUCUGCAUCAUCUAUUCAGUCAUCGGGAUCCCCUUCACCCUGCUUUUCCUGACAGCAGUGGUCCAGCGCAUCAUAGUCUAUGUCACCAGGCGGCCUGUGCUGUAUUUCCACCUCCACUGGGGCUUUUCAAAGCAAAUUGUGGCCAUCAUCCAUGCAGUGAUUUUGGGCUUUGUGACCGUCUCAUGCUUUUUCUUUAUCCCGGCAAUAAUAUUUUCUGUCCUGGAAGAUGAUUGGAACUUUCUGGAAUCUUUUUAUUUUUGUUUCAUUUCUCUGAGCACCAUUGGCCUUGGCGACUACGUUCCAGGAGAAGGUUAUAACCAAAAAUUCAGAGAGCUGUAUAAAAUAGGAAUUACAUGCUACCUGUUGCUGGGCCUCAUUGCAAUGCUGGUUGUUCUAGAGACUUUCUGUGAACUUCAUGAACUCAAAAAAUUUAGGAAAAUAUUCUACGUGAAGAAAAACAAGGAAGAAGACCAAGUGCACAUUACAGAACAUGACCAACUGUCCUUCUCUUCAAUUUCAGACCAGGCAGCAUUCAUGAAAGAAGAACAGAAAGUAGAUGAGCCUUUUGUGACUCCUCAACCUGCAGUUAACUGUGAUGGCAUUAUAAACAAUUAACCAAGGGCUUCCAUUCCAGUAUCAACAACAGUGCACUUAAAAUUCUUGCAGUUAGAACUAGUACUAUUAAUGAAACUAUAGAGGCGGGAAUGCUAUGCUCUACUAUUCAUAUAUUCAUAAUGCUUUGGGGUCUUUUACAAUUUAUGGGCCAAAUAGAGGGGGUUUUUUGUCGCUGGCUGUACAUACUGGGAAUGUUGGCUAAAACCUAGUGUGCAAUUGAGAACCUCAGGAUUCAUGAUGUAUACCCAGUAUAUAACAUAAGACUACCCUGUUCAGUCUCUUCUCCUCUUCCACUCCAAAAUAAACAAAAUAACUUACUUUUUAACGAAGAUGAGACUUUCUUAUGCCAACUUUAUGCAUGACAACAAAACUUUGGAAAGCACUGAGUUAGUAAAUCUUCAUGCUUUCCAAGUAGUGCUAAACUGUAAGGGAAUAUUGUAGCCACAGCAUCACCUGGAAAAUAGGAAUACUCUUCCAGAUGUCAGUCACUGAGGUAUGUUGCAGUGCACAUGGUUGUGCUUUUGCAUUUAUCCCUACACAGUGAGAACCACGUUUAUUGUAUCUCUGAUGGGUGGUCUCAGUCACCCUAAUUCUGUGCUCAGCUGUGCACACAUUUAAAGUUUGUGAUAGUUUGAAUAAGGCAGACAGGCAGCCAUUCUGAAACAGCCUUUCCCAGUCUAAUGUCCUACCCUGUACAGUCUGGAGAGGGAAGUUUGGAGAAAAGUGUUUUAUGUGUGACAGAAAGUCAUUUAGAGUUACAUUUGCUACAUGCUAAGCCUAUAUCAAGUAAUUUCACCCUUAAACGUGUUCCAUGUCAGGGUAAUGCUUCAGGGUAUACCCUGACAUUCCAGACUGAAGACUUUACUAAGCACGAAUGUGAUCUCUGGGUGCUUUCUUUCUGGCCUUAAAUACAACAGAAGGGUGUCAUGCAGCUGAUUUAAGUGAGUGUAGGAUCAGGGGCCCAUGAACACCAGCAUAUACAGAACUGAAGGCAUAAUACGGGGGAAGCCAUCUUCCUUAGCAUUUUCACCCUCACGUUGGGCUCCAGUUUUACUUGGCAGGCUGUGAUUCUCAAACCAUUCAUAGCUAAGCAAUUUUAGAGCUAUGAUCUUAUUUAUUCAGUGGAAGAGUAAUCAAGCUGAAUAUUGAAGUAGUGAUGAAAAGAGAAAAAUACUUGAAAGCUCUUAUCACCUAAAAGCACUGUAUAGGGAUUUACUGUUUAUUAAUAGAUUUUAUACCUUUACUAGAGAAUUUGACUUUCUUGAUAAAUCUGCUUCACAAUCUAUGUGAACUGAAAUUUAUUUUUAAGAAACCACAACUCAGAGAUGCUUCUUAAAUUUGAUUUGAAGCUUCGUGUAUUUGCAUGCUCAUCAAAGUCGCUAUUUUUGUACCACCUAUGUUAGUUUUGACUGUAAAGUUUGACUUUUAUUUAUGUACAUAAAUAUAUUUAUAUAUUGUGCAUAUCAUGUAGAUUGCCAGAAAUGACGUGUCAGAUUUGAAAUUUUAAAGGUUCUUUUUUCCACAGAUUUCUUUUUAUGAGGAAGAAAUCAUUCAAACUAUGGCACUGAAAAUAAUGACUUAAAUUCUGACCAAAUGAAUGUGGAAGGGUAAGUCAUUAUGCCUGCAAUGUUAACAUUCCUGUUUUGUUUUUGUUUUUUUAAUAUGCCCAGCCUACUCAUCUUCAUGACAGUAUUUCCAAGUAGCUUGAAUGCUACUGCAUCCUUCAUAAUGUACUGGACUACAGAAUUCAGAUUUUAUUGACAGUGGUUACCUGGAAACAGGUGAAGUUGCAUAAUUGCAGAAGGUUGUUUUGCUUGUUUUUUUAAGUAAGGGAAGAUAAUAAAGCUUAGUUAGAAUAAGGGUAGACACUACAAAAAACUGUAGAGAUAAACAGAAUUAUUAUGCUAACAGUUAGUAUUUCAGACUUUUAAAAUAAAUCAUGUGUGGUUCCAAUUCUCUUUUUUACGACAUUUAACUGUGUGUGGGUGAAUUUACUUGUUGUAUGAGACGGGGAAUAUAUGCUACCAUUAGAUUAGCUGUGCCUAUGUUCAAUAGAGUGGAAUGCAAAGCUGUGAUGAUGAUGAUGAUGAUGAUGAUGAUGAUGAUGAUGAUGAUGAUGAUGAUGAUGAUGAUGAUUUCCACUUUAGAGAACAAAAAGUAGUUAACCAUAACAUUUAAGCUGAAAUACAUGACUAUUUAUCACCCAUUAGUUAAAACUGACUUCAGGAAAAACUUUCAUUAAACAUCAAAAGCCUGCUGGAUUAGAAAGGCAUUGCCUUCCAACAAAAGGGUAAGUUCCAGAGGCCCAGAAAAGUGAGAAGACCUUCAUAUCCCUACUAAAAGUACCUCUUGAUUAUGGCAAGGUAGAAAAAAGGAUGUUUUCUAAGGAUCCUAAAACCCAGAUAGGUUCGUAUAUGUGAAUGCAGUACUUUACAUAACGUUUCAUAGGACACGAGAACUUUGAUUUGUGUCUCACAAUGAUCUAAUACUCAGUAAAGCUAUACCUGUUCCCGUAACUAGUCCUAGUCAAUAGUUUGGCUGCAUCAUUCCUGACCAGUUGAAGUUUCCAAACACUUUUCAUAGGCAGCCCCACAUAGACUGCAUUAAGAUAAUCCAAACAGGAAUUUCAUCACCAAAUCAAAUUCUGACAUGGGAACAAUUAACACACUAACUUCAGCUGUGCAAAUGCACUACUGUCUACAGGUAGUCCUCAGUUAACA